UUUACUUCAUUAUUUUAUAUAUUUGACACAUCCUUGUAUAAUUAGGAGAUAUUCUCCUAAUUAGUUUUGGUAUCUAUUUCCUUGUAAAUUACACUUGUAAGCUCCUAUAUAUACCUCAUUGUAGGAAAGAAUAGAAUCUUAAAUUUUGCCGCAUAUUGUUCCACUUUUCUUGCUUUGAUAAUCUCGGGUUUAGGGUAACAUCAAAUAUUUUUCAGUGGUCAUGCCGUAUCUUGUUCGUGAGAAUCUAUUCCUCGGCAACAUCGGUGAUGCAGCAAAGGUUAUUCGAAAUGGCAGCAAAGAGAUCACACAUAUUCUCUGUGCAAUUCCCACAAAGGAAAGCAAGAAAGUCUAUGAUGGCGGGUCUCUUGGUGGAUCAGCAUCUGUUUGUGAUGGGUCGAAAAGUUGUUUGCUUUCCGAUAAGCUUUCUUACUCGUUAGAACGUGCAGGCAAGGAUUUGAAGCUGGUGAGGAUGGGGGUUCCGCUAAGAGAUAUGGACGAUGAGAAUUUAUUGGAUUAUUUGGACGUGUGUGUGGAUUUUAUUGAUGAGAGUAGAAAAAAGGGUUCCGUUUUGGUGCAUUGCUAUGCUGGUGUUUCCAGAAGUGCAUCUAUCAUUACAGCAUAUCUGAUGAGAACAGAACAUUUAUCACAAGAAGAUGCACUAGGAUCCCUGAGGCAAAGCUGUGAGUUUGUUUGCCCCAAUGAUGGUUUUCUAGAUCAGCUCAAAAUGUACGAGGAAAUGGGCUUCAAGGUUGAUCGUGCCAGCUCCAUAUAUAAGUCUUUUCGCCUGAAAGUAUUAUGUGAAUCUUAUCAUUGUGGGGAUAAAAUAGAUAGUUCCAAAUUUGGGCAGAUCCUGGGUUGCCUAGCGAAGUUGCCUCUGGAGUGAAAACAGCCCAAAAUGGAGGAAAAACUGGUACACCAGCAUUCCGCUGCAAGAAAUGCUGAAGAAUUGUUUGCAUUGCAGGACAAUGUUGUGGAUCACAUUCCAAGCUAAUGAUGGGAUCAAGAUUAAUUAGUUAUUUUACGAGA